AUGCAGCAUUUGGACCAUCUCUGGUACUCUGUCCAUCGGCCAGAUACACUAAAUAAGAUCCAUCUCCCGAUUGAAUCGCCAAACAUUUUUUCAAAAAUAUAUUUAAUCUACACAGCGGAAUGGUUUGCAUCGAUCUAUUUGUUGUUUGAAAGGUUUUCACCCAUGGAGGAAUACAUUGGGAAGAGUUUGAGAAUAAAAACCGAUGCCGGUCUGCUUGAAGGGAAAAUGUGCUCUAUUGAUGCAGAGAAUGGCAUACUUGUAGUUGAGAAUAAUAGCAAUCGGCAGGAGGUAAAGUUUGGCGACAUUGCCAAUAUUUCUCUUGCCGAUGAUGAAGACGAAAAGAGUGUGGCAGCGCCGCUCAAGGAAUCAGACAUGUAUAUGCUGCUUUACGAAGCCUUCAAUGUUUUUGGGCCGCUCGAGGAUCAUUUUAUUUAUACUAUUGCAUGCUCACUGAAAAAAUUUCUCAAAGACAUUGCUACUGCUAGUAUCAAAAUAAUUAUAGGGUCUGAUGACAUUUUUGGGCGAAUAGGCCUUUCCUUUGCUCGACUUGUUCUAGACAGAGCACAGAAGGUCUCCAUUGAGCUUAGAUGUGACAUCUAUGACGUAAACACAAUCAGGUACAAGAGUGUGUUUGAAAAUUCAGGAGGAUGUUUUAACCAAUAUUCAAAUGAAAGCGUCUUUACAUUGAUUCUCUUCGCUGCAAAUCGGAAUUUUAAUUUUUGUUUGGGAGAUUAUACUGCAGGCCAUGUGCUUUUACUGGACAUUCCUAGUGUUAUCGGCUUUCAGAAUUUUACUGGGCUAGGUCUUGGAUUUAUUCCUGAGCACUUUGCAAACUGCAACAAAUUUUAUUAUUUGAUUGAUGUAGGAUUUGGUAAAACACUUGCAAAGAAGUACAAGCUGCCACAGGACUUCAAAAAUAGCUUGGUGAAGAUUGAAGUUUACAAAUAA